AGGCGAAGAAAACACCCCGCGAGGCCGGCGCGGGUGAAACUCUGGGCACCGGCAGGGCACAGGCUCUGACAAUGAUUAAACUGGCCAACCCAGAUUUCCCGGCAAGGCAGCGCUGGGCUGGGACCCGGUGGUUCAUAUUAUGCAAAUCACCUGGAUCUGGGAGCAUGAACGUUUCAGCCUGGAAUUCCCCUCGGGCCUCCAGAUCGCGUUACGCCGCCCGUGCUAUAAAAGAGGAGACGUGGGCAGGAUCUGCCCAUCGGCACAGCCUGGCCGGGCCCGCAGCCGUGGUUAGCGGCCGGGCAGGGCUCCCCUCGCCUCCCCCCUGGAUUAGCUGCCGCCCCGCGAGUGCCAUCGCAGAAGGUACCAAAGCUUUUUCCUUCGGGACCUGCUCCCCGAUGGCGACGUCCCCCCAGCUUUGCUCCCUUCCCUCUGCAUCUUCGCUCCCGCCGGGGAUGUGCUCGGUUGGUCCUUGCUCGCCGCGCGCCCGCUGUCCCAGCGCGGCCACCGGCCCUUCUGGGGGGCCAGAGGGGGGCCCCCCUCCACCCCCUGGGCUUUGCCCAGCGACCAGCAAGAUUUGGCUUUUCUACCACGGGCUGCCGAGUCACCGGGAUGUGCUUUUUGGAGCUGCUGGCGGCCCUGCCUGUGGGCAGGGGGCAGGGGAUGCGCCCACCCGCGGGGCUGGGGGCGCGUUUGGUGGCUGAGGGUCCCACAGGGGCCGUGCCUCGCCGUGCUGCGGGACCGACAGCCCCCUUGCUGCGAGAGGGGCUGGCAGGGUUGGGGAAGGGGCUGCGGCAAGCACGAGGCCACCUUGUCCCCUGCCCCGGGGUGGCAGGGAUUCAGGCCACCGGGCGGGAGUUUCGGCAAAGGUGACCCGAGAGGCGGCGGCGGACGGAGGCAGGGAGAGCCCAGCCUCACCCAGCCCGGUCCCGGGGCUCCCGCGGGUGCUGCGGGUUGAGGGCCGGGGCUCACUGUGGUCUCUCGGCACAGAGCUUGAUGGCAGGAUCUUGCGAGAUCAGCAACAUUUUGUCCAAGUACAACAGCACCAUGUACCAGCAGGAAGAGUCGCAGCUGGCCCUGGAUGUGCUGGGACACCCUGGGGACGACGGCAGCCUGGGGCUGAGCUUCCCCCCCAGCCUGCCCCCGGUAGACACCACAGAAACGCCAGAGUGGUUCAGUGAGCUCCCAUACUUCUGGACCAAGGUGCAGGUGCUGGAGUGGAUCAGCUACCAUGUGGAGAAGAACAAGUACGACGCCAGCAUCAUCGACUUCUCCUGCUGCAACAUGGACGGGCACACGCUCUGCCACUGCAGCCGGGACCAGAUGCGCCACAUCUUCGGGCCCCUGGGGGACGAGCUCUACGACCGCCUGCAUGAGAUCACCUCUGACGAGCUGACAUGGAUCAUUGACUUGCUGGAAAAAGAGGAUGCGAAUUCCCAAGAGACCUUCCUGGACACCGGCCACCUGGAGCUGGCAAACCCCUGUGCCAAGGAUUCCCUGGAGGACCUGAAGCCCACAAACCCUUUCCUCUUCACAGACAUCACCUGCUCGCCCGACGCCAUGUCCCCAGGCAGCUCCGAUGUCUCAGGGCCUGCCAUGUCCCACAGCCCCAACUCCCAGGACUCCGGUGGAAGCGACCUCGACCUCGACCCCGUGGAAGUGAAGCUCUUCCCUGACGACGGCUUUGCUGGGAGCAAGAAAGGGGACGGCAAACACGGCAAGAGGAAACGGGGACGGCCCCGAAAGCUCAGCAAGGAGAACAGAGACUGCCUGGAGGGCCGGAAGAGCAAGCACUCCCCGAGAGGCACCCACCUGUGGGAGUUCAUCCGGGACAUCCUGAUCCACCCGGAGCUGAACGAGGGGCUGAUGAAGUGGGAGGACCGGCGGGAGGGCGUCUUCAAGUUCCUGCGCUCCGAGGCGGUGGCCCAGCUCUGGGGCCAGAAGAAGAAGAACAGCAGCAUGACCUACGAGAAGCUGAGCCGGGCCAUGCGGUAUUACUACAAACGUGAAAUCCUGGAGAGGGUCGACGGGCGCCGGCUGGUGUACAAGUUUGGGAAGAACUCCAGCGGCUGGAAGGAGGAGGAGGUGCUCAACAGGAACAAGGAGCUGUAGGAGCCCCGGACUUGGGGGCCUGUGGAGCCCUCCCCGGGCCAGUCCCGAGCCUGGCUCCUGGCAGGAAAAUUUGGCAGCUGCUGCCCCACGCAGCCUGUGAAACUCCGACACGCUCGUGUGUGCUGGCGACUGCUGGCACCGAGGUGUUUAAAGCUAAUAUUUUGGCUCCAGUAGGUUAUUGUAAACCAUUAUUUCCCUCGCUGGAUUUGUACCUCCGACUCGGAGAGGUGGUGACUUUGGCUGUUUGAAAGCCUGGACAGGAGAAAAGGGGGAAAAAAAAAGUCUGAGCUGGCACCGAGUGGGUGUCCUGCUGUCACCCAGCGCCUCGUCGCCGAUCGGACGGGAGCCACCAGCUCUCUCCCCACCGCUGCUCAUGUCGUGAAGGCGCUGCUGUCCUGGCUGCCCUACGUGGGGUGAGCGGGGCCCCUCUGCAGCAGCGGCAGUGCCUGCCAGGAGACGACGGGAGCAAUGCAGAGAGCUCCUCCUGACCCCGCAGAGCCUGCAGAGGGGACGCUCGGGGCACAAGGGCCUGUCCGUGUCACCAGCCCAGCUGCCUGUACCUAGGAACAGGCCGUUUCCCCCUAGGGUGGCUUCUAAUUUAUGUAAAAAAAAAAUGGCACGGAGUGAAUGUACAGAUUUAUUUUUUCACGAGGAAGAUGUUCCCGCGUGGCAGCGUGCUCCCUGUCCUGCGGCAGGCGGUGAUGCUCAGCUGGCCUGAGGCCACGUCCCGGGGGCACAGACUGGCUCUGUGCCCCGCAGCAGGAGGGGGAUGCCAGCCCACCGGGCGCCCAGCAGGGGCGACUGGAUUCCUCCUUUUGAGCUCGGGAGCAUAAAAGGAAUAAAUUGUUUGUCUGGGUUUUUG